AUGGGGAGUGUGGGGGCCCUCGGAGGGCCCUGGAGACAGAGGCGUGCAGCUCAGUCUCGGGGCGGAGGUGGCUUCGCGCCCUUAGCCCUCCCGGACGGCCCGUUAUCUUCUUCGUUGUCCCUCGACCCGGUGCUGCGCGCUCGGGCCCUGGUGGCCUUCCAGCGGGGCGAGUACGCCGAGCUCUACCGGCUGCUCGAGAGUCGCCCCUUCCCCGCCGCCCACCGCGUUUUUGUGCAGGACCUCUACCUGCGCGCGCGCUACCACGACGGCGAACGGCCCGCGGCUCCAGUGGACAAGUACCGUCUGCGCAAGAAGUUUCCACUGCCCAAGACCAUCUGGGACGGCGAGGAGACGGUCUACUGCUUCAAGGAGCGCUCCCGCGCCGCGCUCAAGGCCUGCUACCGCGGCAACCGCUACCCCACGCCGGACGAGAAGCGCCGCCUGGCCACUCUCACCGGCCUCUCGCUCACGCAGGUCAGCAACUGGUUCAAGAAUCGGCGACAGCGCGACCGGACUGGGGGCGGUGGCGGCGCGCCCUGCAAGAGCGAGUCUGAUGGGAACCCCACUACUGAGGACGAGUCCAGCCGCAGCCCCGAGGACCUGGAGAGAGGGGUGGCUCCAGUGGCCACGGAGGCCCCUGCCCAGGGCUCCAUAUUCCUGGCUGGGGCCGCCCCUCCUGCGCCAUGCCCAGCCUCCUCCUCCAUCCUGGUGAACGGGAGCUUCCUGGCUGCCAGCAGCUCGCCAGCCGUGCUCCUCAAUGGGAGCCCGGUGAUCAUCAACAGCUUGGCCCUGGGGGAGGCCUCGGGCCUGGGCCCCCUGCUGCUCACAGGGGGCGGGGGCGCCCCCGCACCACAGCCCAGUGCUUUGGGGCCCAGCGAGGGCAAGACCUCCUUGGUCCUAGACCCUCAAACUGGGGAGGUUCGACUGGAGGAGGCUCAGCCUGAGGUCCCUGAGACCAAGGGGACCCAGGCGGCCGCCUCAGGGCCCACUGGGGAGGAGGUGCCGGGGCCUCUGCCCCAAGUGGUGCCGGGCCCCCCACCGGCUGCCACCUUUCCUCUGGCCCCAGGUCCAGUGCCUUCUGUGGCUGCUCCACAAGUGGUGCCACUCUCCCCGCCCCCUGGGUACCCUGCCGGCCUGGGCCCUGCCUCGCCACUGUUGAACCUGCCCCAGGUGGUGCCCACCUCACAGGUGGUGACCCUGCCGCAGGCUGUGGGGCCGCUGCAGCUGUUGGCAGCCGGGCCAGGCAGCCCUGUGAAGGUGGCAGCUGCGGCGGGCCCCGCCAAUGUGCACCUGAUAAACUCUGGAGUGGGUGUGACUGCCCUGCAGCUGCCUUCAGCCACGGCCCCAGGAAACUUCCUCCUGGCCAAUCCCGUGUCUGGCAGCCCCAUCGUGACAGGUGUGGCCGUGCAGCAGGGCAAGAUCAUCCUCACCGCCACCUUCCCGACCAGCAUGCUGGUCUCCCAGGUCCUGCCACCUGCCCCCAGCUUGGCCCUGCCCCUGAAGCCAGACCCGGCCGUCUCGGUGCCCGAAGGAGCCCUCCCGGUGGCCCCCAGCCCUGCUCUCCCGGAGGCCCACGGCCUAGGCACACUUUCUGCGCAGCAGCCUCCACAGCCACCCCCUGCUCCUGCCGCCACCGUCACCGCCAGCCUGCCCUUCUCCCCAGACUCCUCCAGCCUCCUGGCCGGCUUUCCAGCACCCCCGCCCGAGGGCCUCAUGUUGUCAGCCGCGACUGUGCCCAUCUGGCCGGCGGGACUGGAACUGAGCACAGGCACAGAAGGGCUGCUAGAAGCGGAGAAGGGGCUGGGGACACAGCCCCCCCACACCGUGCUGAGGCUGCCGGACCCCGACCCCGAGGGGCUGCUCCUGGGGGCCACAGCCGGGGGGGAGGUUGAGGAGGGGCUGGAAGCUGAGGCCAAGGUUCUGACCCAGCUACAGUCGGUGCCGGUGGAAGAGCCCUUGGAACUGUGACCCCACCAGGCCUCGUCGCCUCUCCGGACAUUGGUGCUCGAGAUCCAGGACCGCCGGGAGUAGGGAACCUUUCAGAAACACGAUGUCGCCAUCUGAAGCCUCCACACACACUACGCCUGCCCCUCGGUCUGCCUAACCUCUCCGAACCCUGGGCGUGCCCGGGGCUCACCCCUGUCCGGGGGGCCCUACCCUCCGGACGGGAAGCCGCCUGUUACAGCCCUCUCUUUGCUCUGCCCCCACAUAUAUGGGGAGCCUGGGGGUCCUGACUCAGGGGCUCUGCCCCCCUCGACCUGGUACUAGCUGUGAGCUGAAAACCUGGCCAGAUGGCUGGGUUUCCAACCCCCUGAGCCCUCCCCCUGCCACUCCCCAGGACACUGUUAAUAGCCCCAGUGACAUCCAGCUGUGCUCAGAACCGCUGGGAGUCUGAGGGUGGAGGACGGGCGGUCCUGUGCGUGGGGAAUGACGGACCCUUCCUGCCGAAACGCAGCGCAGGUGUGGGGAGACCUGGGCGGGCUCUCCCGGGACUGCAGCCCUCGUCCUCACGUCCGGCCCCAGACCAAAGAUCCCCUCACCUGCGGGGCAGCUCUGACCCCUGUGUCUCGUUUGUAUCCUAAAUCUUUAUUUUUUUAGGACAUGGUAUGGCUCUGUUUCAAUGAAAAUAAAGUUAACAAACAACUCGAA